AUGUCCAUUGCACUGCAACAGAUACGCACCAAGUCGAUCUCGCUCCACCUCGAGAAGGAAAACAUACCACCCGCAAAAGCUGGCAGACUCAGCGCGAACUCGCCAGCUGCCCUUGACCGUCUUAUCAAGCCCUUCAAAUGUCCCGGCUCAGCCAACUCCCGCAAGUCCAAGGGUGAGCCGGCCAGAAAGAGGAGAAAAGUCAAUUAUGCCGAAGUGGACGGCGGGAGCGAAGAUACAAGUGGCGGGUUUACACUCGAUGAAGACUCUGCAGCUCUCAAAGAUCGCUUUCCAGUGUUCAAGGUCAAGGACAAAGAGACGACAUUUCGGGCUCGAUUCUCCGUUCCUUUGAUCAACAAGAAUGCUUUCGACCCGUCACGCCCCUCGCCCACUCUGGGAAUGCGGCGAGGUAAUGGUUUUGUCAAUAAACCUCUACAUGAUCCCAGUGGAGAAUUCGCAAUUGUUCUAUACGACCCAACCAUAGAUGAGAAGCCCGAGGAGAAGGUGGAAGCCAAGAAAGACGAAGAGAAGCCGAAGCUCGAUACACCUCUCAUGCACAAAAGUCUGGCCGAAAUACUGGGAAUCAAAAAGCAAGUCGAAGGCGAGAGACCCAAAGUGCCGGUAGUCAUCGAUCCGAGGUUGGCCAAAGUGCUGCGGCCCCAUCAGGUAGAGGGUGUCAAGUUUUUGUACAGGUGUACCACAGGACUUGUGGAUGAGAAGGCCAAAGGCUGUAUUAUGGCCGAUGAAAUGGGCUUGGGGAAGACUCUACAAUGUAUCACUCUCAUGUGGACAUUACUCAAGCAAUCAUCAGAGGCCGGCAAGUCCACGAUCCAGAAAUGUGUCAUUGCAUGCCCCGCCAGUCUGGUCAAAAACUGGGCAAAUGAGCUUGUCAAAUGGCUCGGCGAGGGCGCCAUCCACCCCUUUGCCAUUGAUGGGAAGGCAACGAAAGAAGAGCUCACGAUGCAACUGAGACAAUGGGCAAUGGCCACCGGCAGAGGCAUUGCGAGACCCGUGUUGAUCGUAUCGUAUGAAUCUUUGAGGUUGAAUAUCGAAGAGCUCAAAGAUGUCAAGAUCGGGUUGAUGCUGUGUGAUGAAGGACACCGCUUGAAGAACGCCGAAAGCGAGACAUAUAUGGCGUUGACCGGAUUGAAUGUCGACCGACGGGUCAUUCUAUCAGGGACACCCAUUCAGAACGACCUCACUGAGUAUUAUGCCUUGCUGGACUUUGCGAACCCGGGCUACCUAGGGACCAAGGCUGACUUCCGGAAGAAGUUUGAGCUUCCCAUUCUGCGCGGCCGCGAUGCUGCAGGAUCAGACGCGGACAAGCAAAAGGGUGAAGAAGCCAAUGCCGAGCUGGGAUCCCUGGUCAAGAAAUUCAUCAUCCGAAGAACAAACGACAUCCUAUCCAAAUACUUGCCCGUCAAGUAUGAACAUGUGGUGUUCUGCAAUCUUGCGCCGUUCCAGAAGGAUCUCUACAAUUACUUCAUCCAAAGUCCCGACAUCAAGAGUCUAUUGAGAGGCAAGGGUAGCCAGCCACUCAAAGCAAUCGGAAUUCUCAAGAAAUUGUGCAACCACCCCGAUCUUUUGGAUCUUGAGAAAGAUCUUCCCGGAAGCGAGAAGUGUUGGCCUGAGGACUAUGUCCCCAAAGAAGCCCGGGGUCGCGAUCGUGAUGUCAAAUCGUGGCACUCUGGCAAAUUUGCUGUUCUCGAACGUAUGCUUGCUCGAAUCCGUCAAGACACGAACGACAAGAUUGUGCUCAUCAGCAACUACACUCAGACGUUGGAUGUUUUUGAGAAGCUCUGUCGUGCGCGCAACUACGGAUGUCUUCGACUGGACGGCACCAUGAACGUUAACAAACGACAGAAGCUCGUGGAUAAAUUUAACGAUCCCAAUGGCGAAGAAUUCGUGUUUUUGUUGAGCAGCAAGGCAGGUGGCUGUGGCAUCAACUUGAUUGGGGCGAAUCGUCUUGUUCUGUUCGACCCUGAUUGGAAUCCGGCCGCAGACCAGCAGGCUCUUGCCCGUGUGUGGCGAGAUGGCCAAAAGAAGGACUGCUUCGUGUACAGGUUCAUGGGAACAGGCACGAUCGAAGAAAAGAUUUUCCAGCGCCAAUCGCACAAGCAGGCACUUUCGUCGACGGUGGUGGACUCAGCGGAAGAUGUCGAGCGACAUUUCACCCUCGACUCUCUUCGAGAGCUGUUCCAAUUUAAACCGGACACCAACAGCGAUACCCAUGACACGUUUAAAUGCAAACGGUGCAAGCCGGACGGCACUCAACAAAUCAAGGCGCCAGCCAUGCUUUACGGCGACACCAGCUCUUGGAAUCAUUUUGUCAACUCCGGAGAGAAGGGGCCACUCGGCAAGAUCCAAGACCUCUUGCUUCGACAGGAGGCGUCGGAGGAGGCAGUGAGUGCUGUUUUCCAGUAUAUCAGCCAUUAA